GCGACUAGCGAGGGCCGUAAAGGCGCGGGGCGAAUUGCGCGCGGCUCCGUAGUCCGCUGUCGUCGCACCGGCCACCGCCAGUCGUACGCUCGCGCUAGCACGAACGGGUGUUUUUUGAGUAACGGUCACGCCGCUACUUCGCCCGUACUCGCAUAAUCGGCAUUGUUUUUCUUGCGUGUUUAUACGCAGCUGUAUAAAGUUUCAGGUGAUGCGCGAUGGUAGUACAGUAAUAGUGCCGUGCUGGAUUUGUUUGAAAUAGUUGGGGAAGUGUUUAUCUUUGCGAGCGCUGGAGUCGGUGGAACCGGCGGCGGGCGGUGUUGGGGCUGUAGUGACGGGUUGGUGGAUGGUGCGGCGCGGGCGGGCGCCGGGGCGCGGCCGGCGGCGCCGCUAGCAAAAUGUCGAUACCCCUUGGCCGGGAGACUGUGCUUCCCACGCAGUGCAUGGCGCGAGCGUUGUACGACAAUAUAGCGGAGUCACCAGACGAGUUGGCAUUCAGACGAGGCGACCUCCUCACCGUGCUGGAGCAGAAUACAGGAGGGAGCGAGGGCUGGUGGCUCUGCUCACUUAGAGGCAGACAGGGAAUAUGUCCAGGGAACCGUUUGAGGAUAGUGGCUGGAGUGUUCGAUGCGAGCUCCACGACACAGAGGCGGCGUACGCGCACUCCGGCGCCCGUCGCUCACCAGCCAUUGCCGGCACAACAGUCCCCAGCGUUUACCAAAAUCGAAGAAUGUUCACAUUACGAUGUACCCAGAGCGCCGAUGCCUGUACAACGUCUUGGGACGUACGACUGUCCACGCCCAGCCGCUGAUUGGUAUGACGCCCCGCGAGCUCCUCGACCGGCAAGCGCUGACUCAGCUUGCAGCGGUACUGGCUCGCUCACUUCAGCCACGUCAAGCGCUUCAGCGAACUCGGGGAGCUCAGCACACUCAGCCGCGUCUGCGUCGAGCACGUAUGAUGUGCCGCGGUCGCGCGCUCUACCAUUGCCCUGUGAUGCAGCAUUGGAAGCGCUUGAAAGAUUACAAGAAGAAGCAUCGGCCGCAGUAUCCCGGCUGCUGUCAUACGUGUCGCCGGGGUGGCGGCGGCGCGGCGCGCUGCGGGCGCGCGUGCUCGACGUGCGCGUGGCCGGCGCCCGCUUGCGCGCUGCGCUGCACGACCUCGCCGUAUUCGCGGACGCCACGCUGGCUAACGCGCACGAUGCACAAGAUAAAGGUAUCGCAGUAAAGCUACGGCCGCUGGUGAAAGCGCUAAAGGACGCAGAACGCAUCACGCACGAGGCCACAAGCGCGCUGGACGCUGGCGACUGGGCGCCAGAACGCCUGGAGCGGGACAGGGAGCCCACGGACGGCACGCAGGACGCGCUCGACCAGCUCGUGGCGUGUGCGAGGUCGCUCACAGAAGAUGUUAGGCGUGCUGCCUCGUUUAUACAUGGAAACGCGUCGUUGCUUUUCAGACGAUCAGCCACAGUCCCAGAACACGAAUGGACAGAAGAAUACGACUAUGUGAGGCUAGAAUCACGGACGGCGGUGGGGCGCCGCAACGCGGAGAUCAGAGCUGCCUUACCUGACAAGCUGCGGGCUUCCUUUGAUGCUCUGGUCAGAGACGCUGAUCAUGCUGGCGAGGUUAGCGCAGUAGCCGCAGCCACCCGCCUGCCCCCGGACGACAGGCAGCUCGCGGCGUUCUACGCAGCGCAGACCGCCACGUACGGCGCUCACCUCUCCACGGCGGUAGAAGCUUUCCUCAGGACUAUAGAGAUGGGCCAGCCGCCGGACGUGUUCCUUGCGCAUGGCAAAUUCGUUGUGCUGAGUGCACACAGGAUUGUGCAUGUCGGCGAUACGGUGCAUAGGAGUGCACAGCACGCCGGCCUAAAAGCGAAAAUACUCCGAUGUUCUGACGCUCUAUCAGAUGCACUGGCAACAACAGUCGCUAAGACAAAAGCGGCAGCGCAACAAUUCCCUUGCGCGAGUGCCGUAGCAGAAAUGGCAGAAUCUGCUAGAACCCUCGCAGUACGAGCUCAAGAGCUGAGACGCGCUUUAGUGAGGGCUGCAGAACCACCGCAAGACACUCCGGCUACGACGGUCCCCCCUUCCACGACAAGUACUCCGUUAACUCCUCUCACUCCCAUCGCUCCCCACGGCGCUUCACUCCCAGUUCUAUAAUAUCUUCCUGCUUAUGCCAUGGAUUUGAAACGCUUAUGGAAUUUAAGCAGACAAUAUUCGGUAGACUUAGAUGCUCCAGUAAUCGAUGUCUUGAUCAGUGGGUUGAGGUUGGACGACUGAUUUUGACUUGUUUUUCAUUUGUCGAACCUACCAGAGACCGAUGAUCGUAAAUUUUAUAAAUAUGAUGCUAUAGACACAUGUCUACGUGUACUUAAGAAUGAUUUUAUUUUGGAUAUUUUACAUCGUAUAGAGGCAAUGCUGCAAUGAUUUGUGCUGGACACUGAGGAAGCUGGUUUUCCUCCAAAAAGGUAAAACGCCGGUACCAAAGACAAAUGAUAAUACGCAAUUUAUACAUCGAGUAUACUGCCUAACGCGAACAAAUGCGAAUAGUUUCUAUUCAAUGUUAGCUUAUAAAUCAUAUUGUUGGUUUUGCAAACAUUAGUCAAAGGUAUGGAGUUGUAAAUGCAAUUAAUUUACAUUCACAAUGGAAUGUAUAAAUCAUAAUUUUAGAUGCUGGAUGCUCAUUUGCUGUAGUGAGUUGAGUUGUCCGUCCAGUUUUAUACAAUUUUGCAUCAAUUGUAAUUUAAGAACAUCGUACAAUGAUGUUUAAGGCUUAAUUUACAAAAGGAGAUAUUUAAACUUACGUACCUACGCGUGUGUAUGUCAUCCUUGUUUCAUCUCUGUCUUUCUAUCGAAAAAAAAAAACAGAGAUGUGAACAAGUAGGCAAAUAUUUUCUUGUGUAAAUGAAGCUAUAUUUGUAAACAAAAUGUGUUGUAAAGCGUACAAAUUGUGCUCGUAGUAAAUGGCAAUUUAUUGCUUUAUAGUUAAAGUUCAUAAUCGUAUUCGAGUGGUCUACAGGAUAUGAUUGUAUCUGUCGUAUGUUGCUCCAAUGCAGUGAUUAUAAAUUUAAUUAUUAAUGUUCCUUGAAAGCAUUCUUUGUAUGUUAAGGCUAUUAAAGCUCAGUAUUGCGCUAGAAUUUAUGACCAAUAAGUGUAUAAGACAACUAAAUUAUUUGGUGUUUUAUGUGAAGAAUUUGAAUAUCUGUGUGCUCAAUUAACCAAAUUUUGUUCAGCAAACGUGUAAGUAUAUGUGAUACGGUUGAUGUUAACACUGCCAGUAAUCGAGAUUUUUACCAAUAUUAAUAAACUGGAACUUUCGGAAACAAUUUACAUAUUUUGUUUUUAUACACAAAUAUAUACCUACCAAUGAUUUCGUGGCAGAAUAAUAAUUGAGAAGUAAAAAUAUAGCUAUUGCGGUAUCGCAAUAUCUCGUACUUUAAAAAUAAAUCAUAACUAAUCGUAGAAUACAAUAUAUCAAUGUAAAAACAUGUUGUAUAUUAGCUAUGUGUAAUAUAUUUCCUAGAUGUCGUAGUUUAGCUAGGUAUAGAUGAAAUUGUACAAAAGGCAUAUUAAAUAAUUUUAUUGAUUGUAUUAUAAUUUAAUCGUCUUGCAAAACGCAAUCAAGUAAAUAUACAAA